AAUGCCUCGCAAGAAACGGGCAAUGAGAAAAAUUGGCAACAGCUCCGCUGCAGACGUUAAAGCUGGGGUACUAUUAAUAAGGCAGGGUAUGUCUAUCAGAAAAGCAGCUACGAGUUGUGGUGUGCCAUUUACUACCCUGAAGAGGUAUUAUUGGAAAACUGCUGGUUCCGAAAAUCUCGAUGAGGAGCGAUUCGAGCCGAAUUAUUCUGUGAACCAGAUCUUUACCGCAUCCCAAGAAGAGAAGUUGAAGGAAUAUUUUUCGCAUUGCGCUCUUCUGUUUUACGGAUUAACUGAAGAGAAUGUCGUCAAGUGGCGUAUCAAUGUGCUAAGCUAA